AUGACACUUUCUAUUCAACCUGUUUUUAAACAACAAUUAUGUAAGGAAAGUACAAAUCGGAUGGAAACAAAUGUCAAAUUCGUUGUUUUGGGCGGACCUAGUGUGGAUAGUUGUGAUACAGACACAUCGGUCGAUGGAAACAUAGCCUUUGUACAAUUGGAAUUCGAUUCUCAAAUGUCAAAUUAUUUUAAAUUGUCUAAAAUUCAUAAAUCACUUAAUAAUUGUAUUACUGGUAUUUCAUGUUUUGCAUGGCGUGAUGAUGGCCGUCUGUUAGCAGUUGGUCAAUGGGAUGGUAAAAUACGUUUAAUUGACGUGCAUUUAAAAAAUAAUCUACUUAAAAUCAAAUCUUUAGGUUAUCUAUCUAGUUUAGGUAGUUUAAAUGAAGGGAGUUUAAUUGGUGAGUGGAGUUCUACAACACUGACUCAACCACAUGGACCUAAUAUCGAUCAACAAUCCAGACUAAUUCGAUCAUGUACAUUUACAAAACAAUCUCAUUUUCUAAUUACAUCUGUUCCAGCAAAUGGUGGAGCAUUAGGUAGUUUACUUGUAUGGGAUAUUUAUAGAUAG